AUGACAGCUGCUCAUGUGCCUCAGGAUCUACCAGGAUCAGUCACCGCCACAACUCUAGUCGCCGGUCGAUUUCCCUGCGAGACGCCUGAACCCACCCCUCUCCUCCACAGCCUGCUACACCAUUCCAGGUUCCAUCGCCGGUCUGGUUCUGCGACAACCGUCGACAGCGUUGCGACCCAACAGUUUCCCAAGCAAACUGGACUCGCUCGUCGCGGGUCGAUUUUCAGAAAGCUGGCGGGCCCCCGGGAGAACGCGAAGCGCUUUCUCCGCUUAGGAACCGCCCAAUCUCCGGCGGCGUCUCAGGAUCCCCCAAUGGCUCGCGCACGCCGCCAUCGUCCUGUCUCUGAGAUUAUCCUCUCUCCAGACGAGGCCAACAUGCUUGCCGCGCCCGCCCUCCACCCGGGAAGAAUGCGCUCGCAUUCUUCCUCGAACUCAUCGGCUGUUUUACCGCGCGGGCCGUCACCAGGCUGCAUGCCUGACAAUACACCAUUCCCCGCACUGCCCAACGAGAAGACCGUCGCCACAGGAAGUGGGAUUUCAGUUGGAAUCGCUCUCACCGAACCCGUCCUUUUUCUCCAAGGCUAUGAUCAAAAUGACCCCUCAACGAAGAAAUCUGCCAUCCUGCGCGGGCAACUACACCUGAAGGUUUCAAAAAGUGUCAAAAUCAAGAAGAUCUCUAUCUGUUUCAGAGGACAGGCGCAGACGGAUUGGCCCGAUGGAAUCCCACCUAAAAAGAUACAUUUUCACGACAAGAAAGAUCUUGUAACACAUGGAGUUGUAUAUUUCAACCACGGCGAUACUGCUCUUAUGCAGAAUGAUUAUGGUGCACAUAUCUACAAGCAUGCCAAACCACUGAGUUUAAUCACCGGCAAAGAUAAUACGACGACGGUCACGCGAGAAGUUUUCAGCAAUAGUGGGUCCUCAACUUCGCUCAAUAAUGGCUUGACUGCUCGAGAAAUGAAGCGACUUUCGCUGAAUUCCAACAACUCGCGGAGCUUCGGCAAAGGCGAUGCACCAUCGCCACCGUCUGUCUCACAGCCCCAGCGCAACUACCGACUGUUCCCUGUUGGCGACUAUCUAUACAGCUUUGAGUUCCCGAUUGAUGGAUCUCUGCCGGAAACGAUCAAGACGGAGCUCGGCUUUGUGAGGUAUGAUUUGGAAGCCAUCGUGGAACGCUCAGGCGCCUUUCGGCCGAACCUGCUAGGUAAUCUGGAAGUACCCGUGAUCCGCACACCUGCGGAGGGUUCGUUAGAGCAAGUCGAACCGAUUGCCAUUUCUCGAAACUGGGAAGAUCAGCUGCACUAUGAUAUCGUCAUUUCGGGGAAAUCCUUCCCGCUUGGGUCUCAGAUACCAAUAGCUUUCAAGCUAACCCCUCUAGCAAAAGUUGAAUGCCAUCGGAUUAAGGUCUAUGUGACGGAAAAUAUCCAACAUUGGACCGCGGAUAAGAGCGUUCACCGAUUCCAGCCUGCAAAGAAGGUUCUUCUCUUUGAGAAGCGGGCUGACCAGACCAGUACCAGCACGUACCCGGGUAGCUCAAUGCGCGUUAUGGCUGGCGGGGGUAUUGAGUGGGAUCAGCGAGCUGCUGCUGCUAGAGGGGAGGAGAUUGUCGAGCGGGGUCGGACGAAUUUACUUGGAAACCUUAAUAGUGAUUCCGGUGUUGGUCCGACUGAAAUGGAAUUCAAUGUCCAGCUUCCGAGCUGCCAUGAGAUGAAGCAUCGGGAUGAAUCGCAACGUUUGCAUUUUGACACGACGUAUGAUAACAUCCAGAUCAACCACUGGAUCAAGAUCGUCCUGCGUCUGUCUAAACAAGAUGAACGUGAUCCCAGCAAACGGCGGCAUUUCGAAAUCUCUAUCGACUCUCCAUUCCACCUCCUUUCAUGUAAAGCUACGCAAGCAAACAUCUAUCUCCCGGCAUAUACAACGCCUGACUCGGAGCCCGCCACUCCAGCGCCAGAGUUUGAAUGCGGAUGUGCCGGCGCCCCCGCCCUUCGUCGACGUGGGACUCGCACUCCUCCAGGCUCUGACCGAGAUGAUGUCCCGGCAGUCGUUACCAGGAGUUUCACCAGUGGCUCUGGAGGCCUUGCUCGACCACCUGCAGCGCACCUGGCCACGGAGGCCGACGGACGAGUAGCAAACGCAAAUACAAACGAGCGUCCGCCACGGCCAAUGCACUUACUGCGUACCCCGUCAUUCGCGCCUCCCCCGUUCGACGAUGUCCCUCCCCCACCGCCACUCAUCACCCCGCCACCAGAGUAUACAAGCAUAGUCGGAGACAACGACCGGGACGCAGUCCUCGAAGACUACUUCUCGCGUCUCUCCUGCUACGAAGAGCGAGUCGACGAGGAACGAGGCUCAGGCCGGGUCGACGUCCCACUGACGCCCGGGGCGCGCGUAAACCGCAGCAUGGACGUUCCGCGCGAAUGGAUCCGCCUCGACCAGUCGGCCGUCUGA